GUGCCAUCUUCCGCGAAGCAACCAAUCAAGGUAGUGGCGGAAACAACAAACAAACUUCCUCCUCUCUGUUCAACAACUUUCCAAGCUCUCCGCUCUCUUCGCCCACGUCGGCCUAUCUGUCCGGCGUGGGCGUGGCAGGAAGCGGCGGCGGCAGUCGCAUCCACGAGGACGACCUCGAGGCGGAGAUUGCCUUCCGGUACGCCGUCCAACGGAUCAACCGCGACCGAAACAUCCUCCCCAACACGACGCUGGUCUACGACAUCGCCUACGUCGGAAAGGAUGAUAGCUUCCACGCAGCAAAGCGGGCCUGUGGGCUGAUCAACAGGGGCGCCCUGGCCAUCUUUGGGCCGAAUGACGACCGAAUCGGGGUCCACGUACAGUCAGUCUGUGAUGCAGUCGACAUUCCCCACCUCGAGUCGAGGCUGCACAAUCUGAACAGCGGCAAGGAGUUCAGCAUCAACUUGCACCCGGGCGCCUACAGCAAGGCGCAGUCCUUGCGAGUGCUCAUCGCCUACCUCAACUGGACGCAGAUUGGCGUCAUCUACGAGGAUGAUAUUAAUCUGAUAGGUCUUCAGGAGCUGGUGAAGCUGCCGUUGAGCAAGAGCACGCAGUUCAUCUACCGGAAAACCAGUCCGGAGCACUUUAGGGAAACGCUGAUUGACCUGCGUGACCGAGGCAUCUACACGAUGAUCGUCGACACUAGACCGGAAAGUCUGACGAGCUUCUUUACUGCGAUUCUUCAAGUCCAAAUGAAUGAAAAUCGAUAUCACUAUCACUUCACGACAUUUGACCUUGAAAUCUACGACCUAGAGGACUUUAUGUACAAUGACGUCAACAUAACGACCUUCCGCAUUGUCGACUACGGCAAUCCAAUAGUGAAGAACAUCAUCAAAGAGCUGGAGAAGUACCACGUCAAUGUCGCCAAGCAGCUGCUGCACCGAGGCAGUCUGAUGAAGCUUUCCUUUCAAGGCCUCACCGGUCGGGUCUCUUUCAAAGAGGGCACUCGAGCAAACAUGAAACUAGAGCUGCUAAAACUGCGCAACUACCGACUGGAGAAAGUGGGCGAGUGGUACGCCAGCGAAUCGCUGUUGAACAUCACCAAUCAGGAGGCCUUCAAUCAGUACAAAGCAAAGAAUACGACGCUGAGGGUGACGGUCGUACUGAUGGAGCCGUACAUCAGACGAGUGCGCAACAACAGCUCCGGCCCGCCGUCCAUCAGUUUCAGCGGCGCCAGUGAUAUUGGCGCCCUGCCGCUUUCCUCCUCCUCUUCUUCACUGGCGUCCUCUUCCUCAGCCUCUUCUUCCGGUUCCGGCUCUGGUUCCGCCUCGGCCGGCCCCGCCGAUCAGCCGUACUACGAGCGAGACAGCAGCGCCCGAUACGAGGGUUUCUGCAUUGACCUGCUCAAUGCCAUUGCCAAGGCGCUGCACUUUAACUAUGAAAUCUACGAGGUGGAGGAUAAUCGUUUUGGGGCACAGGAUGAGACUACCGGCGAGUGGCGAGGCCUGGUCAGGGAGCUUAUUGAUAAGAAAGCAGACCUUGCCAUUGCCCCGCUGACAAUAAACUUUGCCCGUGAAAAUGUGAUCGACUUCACGAAGCCGUUCAUGAACCUGGGCAUCAGCAUUCUCUUUAAAAUGCCCACCAGCACUCCGACCCGUCUUUUCAGCUUCAUGAGCCCGCUUGCCUUUGACAUUUGGCUGUACGUUGUAGCCGCCUACGUGCUCGUCAGUGCGACGCUCUUCAUUGUUGCCCGAUUUAGUCCGUACGAGUGGACGAAUCCGCAUCCGUGUAACCGGGACUUUGACAUUAAGGAGAACCAGUUCAACUUGGCCGACUCCUUCUGGUUCACCGUGGUGACGCUGAUGAAACAAGGUUGUGACAUGAACCCAAAGUCCUUCUCCACGCGCAUCAUCGGAGCCAUUUGGUGGUUCUUCACGUUGAUUCUCAUUAGCUCGUACACCGCCAACCUGGCCGCCUUUCUCACCGUGGAGCGCAUCAGUACGCCAAUUGAGAGUGUCGAGGACCUGGCCGGCCAGUCGAAGAUCAAGUACGGAACGCUGAAGGACGGAAGCACGAUGAACUUCUUUAGAGACUCAAAGUUCCCCACUUUCAAAACGAUGUGGGAGUUUAUGAAGAAGAAUGAGGACAGUUUUAGCAGCUCCUAUGAAGAGGGGCGGGAUCGAGUGCUAAAGGGCGACUACGCCUUUCUAAUGGAGUCGACGAUGAUUGACUACAUGGUCCAGCGGGACUGUAAUCUAAUGCAGAUUGGCCCGCCGAUGAACAGCAAUGGAUAUGGCAUUGCUACGCCUAUGGGUUCCGAAUGGAAGGACAAAAUCUCUUUAGAGAUACUGGAACUUCAAGAAAAGGGUGAGAUUCAGAUGAUGUACGACAAAUGGUGGAAGAGUCCAGGACUGACGUGCAUCCGCGACGAGCUGAAGAACAAGGACGGCAAGGCGAGCCCCCUCGGGCUGGAUAACAUCGGCGGCGUUUUUGUGGUGCUGAUGUUCGGCUUGGUGCUGGCGAUGAUCGCCUCCUUCCUCGAGUUUCUCAGUGGCAAAAAGCAACACCAGCAGGCGAUGCAGCAGUUGCAAGGCACGGCGCUGUCCAUGACCGCCGCCGCCGCCGCCCAUCAAGGACACCCAACUUUUCUGCAGUCUGCUCAUGGUCAUGGUCACGGUGGCAGCCAGUCGCACCACCAUCACCACCAUCACCACCAGAGACAUCGAGGUCAUCGGCGGUCCACUGAGACGGAUGAGUCAAUUGCUGGAAUGGAUGGAAUCAUUGGUGGUGGUGGUGGGGGUGACUGUCGAGGUGGUUAUGCAAACAGUGAUGGCAACUCUUCGCAGGUGGGCAUUUACUGA